AUUCCAUAAUUUUGGAAAACAUGAAUACCAAUGUUGUGAAACCCUCAUCGAACCCCUUAAACAGGGACUGGACUAUCUCAAAAAGGUCCGAAAGAAUCAACAUAACCGGAAGUAUGAAAACCAAUGUUACUAGUCCGGAAGUAGUGUGUGACUCUGACAAUGACUUAAACAGGAAGGAGAAGGAAAAAAUGAAUACUACUGUUGUAAAACCCUCAUCGAACACCUUAAACAGGGACUGGACUUUUUUUAAAAAGUCCGAAAAAAGCGUAUUCAACAUAACCGGAAGAGUGAAAACCAAUGCUACUAGUCGGGAAGUGGUGUGUGACUCUGACAAUGACUUAAACCGGAAGGAGAAGAAUAUUGAUGACGACAAUUGCAACAUUCAGCUUCUUUGGAGCGACUUCCGGGACAAUACAACGAUGCAUGGACUGAAGAAUGCAAAUCUAAAGCAGCGUCAUCGACUGCGCUGUUGCAUUUGGGCCGUGGCAUUUGUUGCUAUGGCCUGCUCUCUGAUCUAUACAACAUUCGAGCAAGUUAAUAUCUACUUCAAGUACCCUACCAUCCUUAAUACGCAUGUGCAGACUCAAACUUCUGUUAAGUUUCCUGCUGUUACUUUUUGCAGUGCCUCGCCACUGAAAAAACAAGCUCUUCCCGACAUCCCCGAUCUUGAAUAUUUCUUUUUGUCACAUAGCGUCAUUGGUUCGAAUGUGCUAACCCCACGUUUGAAUUUGAGCCUAUCAGAGUACGCCAAGUAUCAUCUUCCGAUUAGUGCAUCCUGGGUAAAAGAUACAGCCAAUCGAAUUGAAGAUCUUUUCUUGAUUUGUAAAUUUGAUGGAAAAGACAGAGUUUGUAAAAGUGACAUGGAGGCCAUUAUUACUCCAGUAGGUGUAUGCUACACUUUCAACAGUCGAAAUUACGUCAGUAAGAAUGGUCACAUUAUGACGUCACAAACAGGAAGUACGUCAGGUUUGCUAUUGUACCUGCUUGUUAAUCAGAACAGCUAUGUGUAUAAUGACAUCAUGACAGCAGGUUUCAAGGUGAUUAUUCACGACCAGAAUGACGAGCCCGAUGUUAUUGACAAAGGCUUCUUCGUUUCCCAGGGAUUCUCGACGUUUGCGUCCAUUCAUAAAACAGAGUAUCAAUAUUUGCCUAGUCCUUACAAAAUGAAUGGGGACCAGUUUUGUGUGGAUACAAAAUCUCCGGAGUACAAGAAUCCACUGCAGUACUAUGACGUAUACAGCAAGACCGCUUGCAGGAUGGAGUGUAAACAAAACCACGUGAUUACAAUAUGUGGAUGUCGCUCACCUAAUGAUAAAGGAAAUUAUACAAUGUGCUACCUCGCUAAAUGGAUGGAAUGCUACAAAGUUGAAAGUGAGCGAUUUGACCAGAACGGAACUGUCCAGGGGAUGUGUCCCUGUCCCACGGAAUGUGAGUACAAUGAGUACCAAGCGCGCCUGUCCACUGGUUAUUUUCCCGCCAAAAACUAUGACUUUAUAUUCAACGAGCUGGGUAUUACAAACAUAAGAGAAAAUCUCCUGGAACUUGUUAUUUAUUUUGAAUCCUUUGGCGUUUUGAAAGUAGAACAAAAGCCUGAGUACAGCCCUGAAGACAUCCUCGGUUUGUUGGGAGGACAGAUGGGCUUGUUUCUGGGCGCCAGCCUGCUGACUCUCACUGAACUCAUUGAGGUCAUUCUCUUGUCUUCAAUGGUCGUCGGGAGACGAAUGUACCACCGAAUCGUUAAAAAAACUUGACAUUUUCAUAACUGAAGCUUUCAUUUAGCCUUUGUCUCAUUUUUAUAUUAAGACAUUAUAAUAGAAAAAAAUAAUAUUCUUUUGAUAAGUGGAGACAUCUGUAAUAUCUUGGCUCAUGAUAUGACUUUGCUUAAAAUUUAUGUUUACAGGUACAGGCUUAAAAAGUUGGAA